UCACAGUCGUGGGUUAGCGUGUGACGUGUGGCUCUCCCAGGCCCGUACUCACUACAGACUCACUCGCGCCGCUGGCGACACUCAACGCUGAUAUUUGCCGUCUUUGUUGGUAAAUGCGUGGCGACCGUUCUGUACUUCCUAGUGAUAUGUGAUAUAUUCCACUAGAGCGUUCUUUAAACAAAAAUGAAGAAUAUAUGUGUAAUUUUGUGGUAAAAAGAGGCUUUGUCUUCGGUUGCUGGACGUGCUGAGGCCCUUCUGUGCAAACUGGGAAACUGUGUAAUCGACGAAAAAUGAAAACCUGUAAGAAGUCCACAGCCCUCGAUGGAAGAACAAGCCCGUAACACCAAAGCUACAGGUGUGUUAAAAACAAUAAAAUAGAAUAAAUAAAUAAAGAAACAUUAACAAACCCACCACCCUAUAGAAAAAACAACAACACUAAAACUUGAAGAAAAUAAACAUUGAAAAAAAGCACAAUCCAAUUCACAACGAAGUAUGACGAACGACGGAGAACACAUGAUCGUCAACAGCAAAGAUGGCGACGGCUGCGGCGAGUGCGCGUGCGCGGCCGCCGCCGAAAACAGCUGUUCGACCAAGGCUGAGGUGCCGUCGUCCCUCCCGCUGGUGUCCGACAAGGGCAUGAAACCGCCUGCCAAGAACUGCUUCAGAUUAGUGAUUCUCGGGUCAUCGAGGGUCGGGAAGACUUCGCUCGUGUCCAGAUUCCUAAGCAAUAAAUUCGAGGAAACGUAUACUCCCACCAUCGAGGACUUUCACCGCAAGCUGUACAGGAUUCGAGGUGACGUCUAUCAGCUGGACAUCCUGGACACGUCAGGCAACCAUCCCUUUCCUGCCAUGCGACGUCUCUCCUUUCUCACGGGUGACCUGUUCGUGCUCGUGUUUUCGUGGGACUCUCAGGAAUCCUGGGAGGAGGUGGUCCGCCUCCGGGAGCAGAUCCUUGAGACGAAGAUGUCGGCCUCAGCGAACUGCAGCGGAAGCAGGAAAAAGCGCACGUCCCCGCGGGUUCCUAUGGUGAUCGCCGGCAACAAGUGCGACCGGGAACAGAUGAGCGCGUCGUUAGAGGAGGUCCACGCCUUCGUCUCGUCCCUCAGCUGCUGCGCCUACGUCGAGACCUCCGCCAAGAAGGACCACAACGUCGAUAAACUCUUCUACGAGCUGUUCGUCCUCGCCAACCUGCCCAUGGAGAUGUCACCGGCACUGCACAAGCGAGUGUGUCCCGGCCAGCCAUCGCAGGAGACGGGGCCGGGCUUCGGCAGUCGCCACCGGGGCCUGUCCAUCCGGCGGCGGCUGAGCGAGGCCUACGGCAUGGUGGCGCCCAACGUCCGCCGCCCGUCCAUCCGCACCGACCUCCUCAUCCUCAGAGCCAAGACGUCGCUGCACCUCACGGGCAUCGACGCCUUCACGGACAAGAAGCCCCGGCGGGAGGUCUCCUGCGUCAUCCAGUGAGCGAGGCGCCGCGUCCGGCUCCGUCGCUCCUUCGCCGCGUGCGUCCGCCGGGGACCCUCGCGAGCGGGAAUGGUCUCUGAAUAUUUACAAGAACGUAGGGUUUAAUUUCGCCAUCAUUGGAGAUCCUGUUACGACGACCUCGCUAGUGUCUCGUGUCGCUGGCCGGUGCUCCCCCCUCCCCCUCCCUGAUCCCACGUCCUCGGCCCCGGAGGUCAGAUGUGGCACAUUCCCGCGAGAAAUUAAAACAUGUCCCACACAUGCUGCUAUCACCUGAGAGAUGUAUAUUUCGCUGUCAUUGUUUCACUACAUUUUAUCUACGAUGAUCCACAUUCCCAUUUAUUAUACUGUGUGUUAUAUACUUAUAGAGUACCUAUAUAUUUAUGUAUGGCAUACUUGUCUCGGAGAAAUGCUCUCGUACUCUCGUGUAUUAGAAAUACCCAUUACUAUAUUUUUUUUCUUCAUCAGCUUAACAGCAGUCGACAAUUUCUUUGAGAAUGAAAUGUGCUAUAAAUAGAAACAAUGUAUAUUUUUUGUAUCCAGGUACACAGAUGCAGAGGUAUUUUAUUGGCAGCUUUUCUUAUAAUUGUAUCAGCCGGCGGCGAAGGUGUUGUGUUGGAGGAGGUGUGCGUGGGAGGCUGUGCGGGGGAUGGAAAGCCUGUGCUUCAGGAUUUUCCAUUUUUUCCUCGUCGCUGACUGCGUAGGAGACUAAAUGGAGAAGGAUGUAGAAGAGAAAGAGAGCGAGAAAGAGAGCGAGAAAGAGAGCGAGAGAGAGAGCGAGAGAGAGAGCGAGAGAGAGCGAGAGAGAGUGAGAGAGAGCAAGAGAGAGAGAGAGAGAGAGCAAUACGUACACAUAAGCAUGAAUUCUGUAGCACAUUACCUUCCCUCUCGUCUCUCCCACGCUGCCUUCUACCUAAGUGUGUCAGAGCUGCAACCUCUCUCUCAGAAGAUUCAAAUACUAAAAGGUUAACACUGUUCUCUUUAACCACGGUUUUAAAAAAAUACAUACAUU